UGUCUGUUUAAACCGAUAUCAGGUUGUUAACCGCAGGUCAGCUGUUGUGGUUCAUUGGGUUAAAGGGUCUCACUUCCCUGGCGAGCUUGAGAAAGCGCCUCUGAUUGGUUGGAAUGUUUCCAUGGUAAUGGAAACAAAGCCAAAAUGGCGUUCCUUCAGUGGAGUUGCCAGGACGUGGCGAAAUGGAUAGAGUCUCUCGGAUAUCCCCAAUAUACGGCAUGCUUCACUGAGAACCUCAUCACCGGCAAAAAGCUGAUUUAUGUCAACUGCCGUUACUUGCCACAGUUAGGAAUCACUGACUUUGAACAUAUGAAGCAUUUUUCAAGAGGAUGUUUUUCGUCAAAGGCUAUCUCAGCUCAUGUCAGAGAGCUGCUGGGUGUCUCUGAGUCUCUCUGGAGUCGCAGUAUUGCAGAUCCUCCACGGGAUGAUAUGGGGAUGUUCCUAGAAAUGAAGAGCAGAACAGGAAACAGGGCUGAUAACCUCACCUACGCUCACUUUCUCAAAAACCAGAAGAAGUAAACAACUGUUGAUAAAGUUCAAUAAAAAAAACUGAAUGGUAUAACA